AUGACCUCAAGCGCGGGCAAUGCAGCAAUACCAACAGUCAGCACGAGUGGCAUGCCACAUUUGUCUUGCGCACCUGCUGGGCCUCCUCCGUCCCUCCCCUACAAUGUGGCGGCACCAUAUGCUCCCGCCCAAGCCGUGCAUGCCUACCACAUGCCAACCACAUCGAGUAAAACUAGCACAAACGGUGCUGGGAUCACCCACAGAGUCAAGUCCGGCACGGCAGAUGUUCUUUCUCGACCGGUGGAAGAUGGCAGCACAAUUCUCUUGUCCGGGUUGCCGUCUUCUCAGUCAGAGACCCAACUCCGCAGUCUCCUCAGGCGAUACGGCGCCGUCAUCUACCUUGAAAUUCAUCCAGACAGCCGCAACCCAGGGAAAUGCAAGGGGUCGGCACGCGCGCGGUAUCAAACGUCCUCGGAGGCUCUCAAGGCGGUGCGAGCUCUGGAUGGAGCCACCCUUGGAAAUCGAAAGAUCUGUGUCAAGCAAGUCAAGGACGCCACAGCGGCCUCAUCAGUCUCGUCUGGGGGUUCUACCACUACACGCCACGAAUCAAAGAGAGGAGAGAUGGACAGAAAAAAAGCUUCUGCAACGGCACCGCCUCUCAGUAAAAAUGACUCCAGCAAGUCAGCUCACAGCAAGCCGCUAUCUUCAUCGGCACCGCCAAAACUUUCGUCCGUUGAGCGGCCAGCCAGGAACAGAGGCAGCACUGGUAGCGGUUCGACCUCCUCUGCCGGACCACUUGUUGUGAACGGUGCAACAUAUAGCCGGAGACCGUCUCACGACGACAGCGACGGUAGUGAUGACAGUAGCGAAGAAGAUGAUCUCGAGAAUGAAGAUGAGAGUUCGGACGACGAAGACGAUGAACAUUCUGCCGAUUAUUUGCCUUUUGAGAUGCUGACAAUAUUUGAAUUUUUGUCCCUCCAGUCCGUCGAACCACGGCACAAUUGA